GAAACAUCGAACGAGUCUUAAAAAGAUGCAUGACAAGCAUGUGCCCACCAGGCCAGGCUUUCGCAAAUGAUAACGAGCCGACCGACACGCCUUUUGUAUCCGUCCCUUGACACUUGAGCUCGAUAUGGCCUCUACGAUCAGUUUACAAUCAUGUCGCCUCCUUUACCAGUGCCCUCCAAGGCGGCCAUACACGCUCUUAGGGGGAUCGCGUUAGGGACAUCCUGCGCAAUCGGACUUAUUGUGGAAGACCGGCGACGGCGGAUGAGUACGUUGAGAACAGCGAUACACAACAAGAGAAGGUUGAAAUCGUCGAGGGCGUAUCAUGGGGCCGCCGAGGCAGUUGCGAUCCGCACAGACGAUGCUGGCAUACUAUCUGGAGAUGAACUGCAAUGGCAUUGCCAACCGCCAGUAGAGACCCCGAGGAAUUCCCGAAGUCGAACAUGCGAAGAAUCCCAAUGUCAAGUCUUGCAAUCCUUCCAGCCUGCCCAGGAACCGACAGCAGCAGAUGCGAUACCAGUGUCGAUGGCAGGCCAACGCGCAGACCUGCCGCCAUCUAUACCUGGUGGACACACGCCGCCUCCCGAUCCGCGUAUAGCCUCGAAACUAGCAAUCCGGGCCGCUCCUGCUCCGCACAUACCAAGGGAUAGUAGAGGGUGGGCACAUAGCUUUGGAAUCGAUGACCAAUCGCCGGGGAAGGAUAGGGCCCCUCAGCGUCUCAGUAACUUGCAGGUGGGCAUCGCGAAGUUUCUCGACAAAGAUGAUGCCAGCCUAGACAUUGCCGUCACAGCCUUCCUGAGGGAGGUUCAAAUGGAGACUGUGUUCGCAGAUCUGGGCCGCGGCUGGCUCGAGCUCUCUACAGCACUCUGCAAGAAAUGCCAAGCAACCGGUAGAUGGAGGGAAGCGCACAAGAUUCUUGUUGCUGUGGUUCGAAGUCGUACCCUGUCAGAAAGCCAAUUCUAUGCCCACGAUCCAAUUCCGAUUAUGGAUUGGGCUCUGUCAGAAGUGGAUAUCAAGGACAAGAUGUCGAGCUUGGAGAGGCUCCGUUGGGUUUUGCCCUUGUUUACAGCAACUUUUAAAGAGAAACCUCAAGCCCACGCCGAGGAGGUCGAGCGCCUCGGCAGGACCAUCAUCCCUCUCUUAUUUGCUUUCAACCAACCGAAGCAGACCCACAGUGUGUUCUGGAGAGCCUUUAGCCAGAUAAAAGACCCCACAGCCUUCACAGCGUGGUUCAUCAAUGCCCUGUUUGAAUACAAGGAUCAUAAGUCGGUUGUGAAGUAUUUUCGACUGAACUUCUCCAAGAUGGCUCCAGAUGACCAAUGUUUCGAACGGAUUGCUGAGAUGGUUGUGCAGUCCGUCGAAGAAUUACGAGGCGGGCAAGUGAACAAUGUAGUGCGUGCCUUGGCAGCCAUGAGUGAUCCUCCAAAUCCACGUCCCUUGAAGGCGGGAUGGCUCAUGAGGAUGUCACAGGCCCACUGGAGUCGAUAUAAAGAUCCACUUCAAUCCAUGGAUCUCUUCCAUCAAUACAAGUGCCUAGGGCUCCUGGACAGAAUCGACAACCCGGAGUAUGUCUAUAAGGUCAUAGUGCAGCUAGCGGUACUAGCCGGACAUAAUUCCAUGGCCCAAGACGUACAAGAGGAAAUUUUGAAGAAGUUUCCACAUAUGGCGAAAGACGUCGGCUUGAAUGGUUACCUCGCUUUGCUCAAGGCCAAACUUGGAGACUGGGAUGGAGUCCGGGCAGACUUCGCAAAUAUGGAACACAAAACAGAAGGACAGCAAGAAACCUACGAUCACACCUUUGUCACAGUCCUGAAAGUAUUCAGCGAAGACCAUCCACUGGCGGAAGUGGAACAAUUCAUCCAUUACUACACCAAUGUAAUGGGUGUACAACUAAACCGUUAUAUGGUCACACUUGUGGCUAACAAGUACGGUGAAUGCCACGAUACAGACGGGUUCAUUGAGUGGCUCCAGAACUGCAGUUCAAAGGGCUUUGCACUAGAUUCAAGCUUCUGCAACGCUGUUCUGAAUAACUGCCGUAAAAGGUGGAAGUUCUCCUUUCGAAAGCUAAGACAAUUAUUUUUCGAGAUGAGAACACUUGAGCCCGCCUGUGUUGACGGUGUGACGCGGAACAUCAUGCGUAGCGCGGCUCUAGAGGACCGCAACUACGCCAAUACUACUCGACGGAGACUCUCAACCCUCAAGAUCCCUUCGAACAAGUUGCCCUAUGCUUUCAGGUCUGCCAGGGAACGAGAUGUGUUCAAUGCGAUGAAUGAGGAACUCAUAUGUGGUCAUCCGGACAGAGCAAUGUUGAUAUACCGGCGCGCGCUGCGGUACGGCAUGCCAUGGUGCCCCCGGUGCUUCCGUGUCGCUAUCGCAUCCGUACUGAAACAAAGGGGCGACAACCUCGGCGUGGCCAUGAAACUCAUCCACAAUACACAUCAGAAGGGGCACGAUGUAAGUGCGGCUGUUGCGGUUUUCAUCAAGACACAGAUAGAUGGGUUCCGGGGCUCAUUCGAAGAGAUUCUACUCCAUCUGAAGACUACAAUCACCCGCUUUGAGUCUGUGGGGGUAAUCAUAGACUCGUCGGUCUUGACACAUGCGGCCAUCGCGUGCGUCAAAUUUGGUCACCAUGCCAAGGCCAUUAGUCUCUGUAAGUUGGCCAUGGAGAGGAGCGGCACGACAAAUCCAUGCUUCUCGCGUCAGAGCCUUCGCGCACUCAUCAUGGCGUACGCCCAAAAUCUCGACCUAGAGGGGAUGAGGUGGCUUAUUGAGUCUCUGCCAUCCAGCCCCCUGGCUGCAGAAAGAAGUACUUUGAGACUUCUCAAGGGCACGAAGCGGCAGUUGAAGAGGUGGAUGCUGAGUCCCCUGGUCAUCAAUAUAACGCAACUGGUCCAGGAUGGUAUCGACGGUACGAAACAUUGGCGAGGCAUCCAGGUUGACGAAGGCUGCAUGAUUUACGAGGAAACACUUCGCAUCAUGGGCGAAGCGGCGGCAUGUAUGGAACGCAAUGGGGAGGAGCUUCGGCAGGGGGACGGUCCCCUUCCCGAUGAGAAUAUAUAGUUACUUGCUCAGACCUAAAUAGAGACGCAGUAACUAGUUGUAUAUAUUUUUGUGUAGCAAUAUAAACGUAUGCGAGCACGAAUGCUUGCUUUGGCAGCCG